UUUCCCUCCUGCAGCCGCACAGAACCCAUGAGCCACGCAUAACAGCACUUGAGCCACUUUUGGCAUCCCCCUUUUCUCUGGACUUGAAUCCACCCUGCUAUGGUCAUCCACGCUGGCUGCCUCCAGCGCACUCCAGCCUAGACUUCCUCCUCUCAUUCCUGCUCCUCUGCUCUAUUUCCUUCUCUCCAAACAGCGGAUUGCCCGAAAAGCUGGUGCCGCAACUUUUCCCUGCGUGUUUCCCCCCCACCCGAACAUGUCGUUGACCAACACAAAGACGGGCUUCUCUGUAAAGGACAUUUUGGACCUUCCUGACACCAACGACGAAGAGGGAUCUAUCACCGGCGCGGAGGAGGACACGGAGGGAUCGGACACCACCUCCACGACGAAAGGCGCUGGAGUUUUGGUGAAAAGUCCGCUGGAGAACGUUCAAAAUCUGCCUUUAAAGAACCCCUUUUAUGACACUAGUGACAAUCCUUACACGCGAUGGCUCGCGACCACGGACAGUAUCCAGUACUCAUUACACGGACUCUCCGCCAGCUCCCAGGAUUCGGCCAAGUCUCCGGAACCGUCCGCGGACGACGAGUCGCCGGACAACGACAAGGAGACGUCCAGCAGCGGCGGCAGCGACUCCGGCAAGAAGCGCAAGAGGAGGGUGUUGUUUUCCAAAGCGCAGACCUACGAGCUGGAGCGUCGGUUCCGGCAGCAGAGGUACCUGUCCGCGCCUGAGAGGGAACACCUGGCCAGUCUCAUCCGACUCACCCCAACCCAAGUGAAGAUCUGGUUCCAGAACCACCGGUAUAAGAUGAAGCGGGCCCGGGCAGAAAAAGGUAUGGAGGUGACGCAUCUUCCUUCACCCAGGCGAGUGGCGGUGCCGGUUCUGGUCCGGGAUGGAAAGCCGUGCCACACGCUUAAAGCUCAGGACUUGGCGGCCACUUUCCAGGCCGGGAUCCCCUUCUCGGCGUACAGUGCUCAGUCCCUUCAGCACCACAUGCAGUACAACGCCCAGUACAGCGCCGCAGCCACACCACAGUUCCCCACGGCGCACCACUUGACGCAACAGUGGACUUGGUGAGAGAAACGACAGACUCGGAAGUAGGAAGAAGGCAAACAUACACUCACACACACACACACAAACACACGAAAGACAUUUUUGGCAGCAUUUUAAGUCGGGGUCCAAAACAUCUCCCGUAUAGAAUCUAUUGAGAAUGUAAAUCUUGUGAACAUUUUUUGUAAAGUUUGUUGUGUGUUGGUUGUAGAGAUGCUUUCUUUUGUCCCCUCGUGUUAUCAGCACGUAUACGAACCACUUUAUAAUUAUAGGAGAUUUUAAUUUCAUGCUUCUUUUAUGGACCGGAAAAAAUAUUUAUGGCCACGAAUAAACACUGGCAACUUUUCAGCUUUUUGUUUUCUUAUUCGGUGAAAGUGUUGGCAGGAUGAUCCGGCGUGUUAUUUUAGAUAUAUGUACUUUUUUUUUUUAAGAGUUGAUCAC